CCCUGGCUGGAAGCCGGUUCCUGGGUCACCCAAUGCCCAAACAACACUGUUUGUGAAGAUGUGGAUGAAUGCACCUCCGGGCAAAACUCCUGCCACAAAUCCGCCCAAUGCCACAACACCGAGGGCAGCUAUGAGUGCCGCUGCCGCCCUGGCUGGAAGCCGAUUCCUGGGUCCCCCAAUGGCCCAAACAACACCGUCUGUGAAGAUGUGGAUGAAUGUACCUCAGGACAAAACUCCUGCCACAAAUCCACCCAAUGCCACAACACCGAGGGCAGCUAUGAGUGCCGCUGCAGCCCUGGCUGGAAGCCGAUUCCUGGGUCCCCCAAUGGCCCAAACAACACCGUCUGUGAAGAUGUGGAUGAAUGUACCUCUGGGCAAUACUCCUGCCACCCAUCCACCCAAUGCCACAACAAGGAGGGCAGCUAUGAGUGCCGCUGCAGCCCUGGCUGGAAGCCGGUUCCUGGGUCCCCCAAUGGCCCACACAACACCGUCUGUGAAGAUGUGGAUGAAUGUACCUCUGGGCAAUACUCCUGCCACCCAUCCACCCAAUGCCACAACAAGGAGGGCAGCUAUGAGUGCCGCUGCAGCCCUGGCUGGAAGCCGGUUCCUGGGUCCCCCAAUGGCCCACACAACACCGUCUGUGAAGAUGUGGAUGAAUGUACCUCCGGGCAAAACUCCUGCCACAAAUCCACCCAAUGCCACAACACCGAGGGCAGCUAUGAAUGCCGCUGCAGCCUUGGCUGGAAGCCGAUUCUUGGAUCCCCCAAUGGCCCAAACAACACCAUCUGUGAAG